GAGUUCUACGCGGUAACUCGAUUUUUUGGCGUGCCAUACUGAUCGAGUUUUCUAGCUGAAGUAUUGUCGAAAACAGUGUUUGAAUAUACACGUGAAGCGAAAUUUGACUAUUGUCAAAUUUUCUCUGAUCCAAGAUAUCUUGGAUCGAUUCAAGUGCUACUGGACAUAGCGUCUUGACGCUUACUGAACAUGACGAAUAUUAGUCAGGUCAGCGCAGCAAUGCAACUUCUCCGAAGCACCUUUCCAGACUUGGACGAAGAUGUUUCGGAGUACAUCGAAAACGUAUUACUGGCAAAUUAUGGACAUUUUGAUUCUGCGCGCGACCUUCACGAUGCCGUUGGAGGUUUGCUGAACGGUUUUAGUGUCGGCGUAGGCGAGAGUAAGAUCGACGCAUUGUGCACACAAUUGUUUGGUCUCAUCAGUCCGUCGGAACUAAGAAACGAUGAAGUCACACUUGAUGCCCCAGUACACAUGGCCAAUUUGCUGGAUAAUUUCAGCGAUAAAGUGAUCGAUAACAAAAGCAUUUGGAUGGCGAAACGCGAAACCUAUUCAGUUGUUGACCCGAAGAAGUUGGGGAAGGCUGAAGCGAAAUUAAAGGAAAAACAGGCGAAAAAGUCAAUGUGUGCUAAAACGGAUUCGUAUUCCUUAAGUUCAACAAAACGGGAACAAACCAGUGAUGAUUUUGCAUCGGUUAACCAACAGAUUGACCGAAAGGAUCUCGCUGCGUCUGCGGUUCCAUUUGGGCGACACAGUGGUGAUAUUCGUUUCGAAAACUUUGAUAUUUCCUACGGCAGCAGAGUGCUAAUACAAGGCGCCAACUUGGUAGUUUCCUAUGGAAGAAGAUACGGUUUGGUCGGACGAAAUGGGUUUGGCAAGACCACACUCCUUCGUGCCAUCGCUCGGCGCGACUUGCAGUUACCCCAAAGUCUGAAAGUACUGCAUGUGGAACAAGAGAUGACCGGUGAUUCCACCCCUGCUCUGGAGAGCGUGUUACGUGCCGAUACAGAGAGAGCCAAUUUGCUGGCGCAACUCGCAGACAUUCGGUCUUCUGCCAACGGAGUCGAGGCUUUCGACGGUUCUGUGAGUGUGACUGAAGUGGACCAUUCCGCGGAUCGCCUCACUCAGAUUUACAAUCGCCUGGCAGCUACCGAGGCAGACAAAGCCCCAGCACGUGCUGCAAUUAUCUUACGUGGGCUUGGCUUUGAUCCAGAAAUGCAGAAGCGGCCAACUAAGGAAUUCUCCGGGGGUUGGAGAAUGCGUCUUUCUCUUGCUCAGGCGUUAUUUGCCUCUCCCGAUCUACUGCUUCUGGAUGAGCCUACCAACAUGCUUGACAUGCGUGCACUCAUUUGGUUAGAAGGUUAUCUACGAACGUCAACCAAUAUCAUCAUAAUUGUUUCUCACGACCGGUCCUUCUUGAAUUCCGUAUCGACGGAUAUUAUCCAUCUGACUGGUCGCCGACUCGAUCUCUAUCGCGGCAAUUACGAUGCUUUUGAGCAGGCUCGUGCGGAGCGUCUACUGAAUCAGCAGCGUGAAUAUGAAGCUCAAAAGGCCGCGAGAGAUCAUGUUCAACAAUUUAUUGAAAAAUUCCGUUUCAACGCAAAGCGUGCAUCUCUCGUGCAAAGCCGGAUCAAAUAUCUGGAACGUCUACCCGCAAUCGUGUUACCCGAAAAAGAACCGAAGAUAGUCAUCCGGCUACCUGAUUGCGAUAAGCUGUCUGGUCCUGUUGUACAGUUGGAUGAGGUGGGCUUUUCUUAUGUCCCCGGGAAACCUGUUUUGUAUAACGUGGACCUGAGUGCCUCUUCCGAAUCACGCAUUUGCAUCGUCGAGCAAGAAUGAAGUAUUGACUCCUGGAAGUCCUAAAUAUCGGCCUAAUGCUCUGCGGCAAGAUAACCUGUUUGUUCACAGAGGUCAAGUGAACAUCAAUAUCACAAGCCCAGGUCGGGGAAAACGGCGCAGGCAAAACCACCCUAUUGCGACUACUUUUGGGCCAGUUGGAGCCUACAUCUGGCUUGCGGCGUACUCACCGUGCCCUCCGAUUGGGAUAUUUCUCACAACACCAUGUCGAUCAGUUAGAUUUAGGACUGAACAGUCUGGAAUUUCUCAUGCGAAAAUUCCCAAGUCAAAAUGAACAACUGUAUCGUUCGCAGCUGGCUGCUUUCAAUAUCACAGAAAUGCUGGCGCUACAACCAAUAGGCAGUCUGUCCGGCGGACAAAAGUCGCGAGUAGCUUUCGCAGCUAUGUGCAUGUCCAACCCAAAUUUUUUGAUCCUGGAUGAACCAACGAAUCAUCUAGAUGUGGAGACAAUCGCGGCUUUGUCGGAUGCUUUGAAAGCGUUCCAGGGUGGUCUGGUGCUGGUAUCACACGAUGAACGACUCAUCGAGACAGUGUGCAACGAAAUAUGGGUGUGCACGCAAAUGGGCAAAGGGGUAGAUCCAUCGAAGGGCAGUCGCGUGUACGCUUUGCCAGAAGGGCUGGCACAAUAUAAAAAGGCGGUGCGUGCUGAGCUUGAAGAAGUGACCAGAUAGGGCGAUGCUACCACUCGUGUCACUUAGUCGGUGUACCAUUUUUGUUAAACAUGCACCGUGCCAUGAACCA